AUGAGUGAAUAAGAAUUAAGAAAACUAAUGGAUUAGCAUUUUUAAGAUCAAGAAAAAAUCGAGAAAAGCAAGAAAUUAUAAAAAGAGUUGGAAUAAAAAUUAUAGAAAUAUAGCCCUAAAAUUGAAGGAUCAAUAUAUGAGUUACCAAAUGCUAAGAAAUACGUAAAAGAAUAAAUCCGAAAGUUUGAUUGGAACUCAUAUGUAGUAUCAAAUUAUUAUCCUUCAAAAUUAAGAGAUGCAUUUUUCGCUAUAAAUUUUUACAAUAUAGAAUUAAUGCGAAUUCCUGAAAAUACAAAAGAACAUAGUUUAAUAAUGGGCAAAUUAGAUUUUUGGGAAGAGUCAAUUAAUUAGAUAUUUUAAAAUAAGCCCUUGUAGGAACCUUUAUCUAUAUGUUUACAUGAUACUUGCAAAAAUAAUCCAAUUUCUAAAGGGAUUCUUAUAAAUUUAAUAAAUGCACGAAAAUAUGAAGCGGAUAAUCCAAGAAUUAUGGAUAUUGGAUAAUUGGCAUUUUUAGCAGAAUAAGUUAGAACAAAUAUGAUUUUUUUGAAUUUAUAAUUACUCAGAAUAGAUUAUAAAGAUAAUUAAUAACUUAUUGAAUGUGCACAAAGUGUUGGAAGAUGUUUAGGAAUUCUUGAUUAUAUAAAAAGAAUUCCUUAUAAUUUAAGAAAAUAUAGACUUUAUAUGCCUGAAGAAAUUAAUCGAAAACAUAAUGUUUCUGUUAGAAAUCUUUGGGAUAGAAUUAAUGGGAAACCAAAAGACUAGCUUUUUGAUGUUAUUUUAGAAGUCGCUGCUUAUGCGAAAUAAUCUCUUGAUGAUUCUAAAAAAUAUUAAAAGGAUCUACCUCCGUAAGCUUUUAGAGCUUUCCUUUAAGCAGUAGAAGCCUAAUAGUUCUUAAUUGAUUUAGAAAAAGUUAAUUUUAAUAUUUUUGACUCUGCACUUAAUUCUAAUAGUUAUAUUAAAUUACCUUAUUAAAUUUUUAAUGUUGCAAAAAAGUAGUAAUUCUUGAAAUAUGAUUGA